CUGGUGGCUCUGGGCAGAGGCUGCGGCUGAAAGAUGCCGGUCCGUAGGGGCCACGUCGCGCCCCAAAACACUUACCUGGACACCAUCAUCCGCAAGUUCGAGGGCCAGAGUCGUAAGUUCCUGAUUGCCAAUGCUCAGAUGGAGAACUGCGCCAUCAUUUACUGCAACGAUGGCUUCUGUGAACUCUUCGGCUACUCCCGAGUGGAGGUGAUGCAGCGACCGUGCACCUGCGACUUCCUCACAGGCCCAAACACCCCGCGCAGUGCCAUGUCCCGCCUGGCGCAGGCCCUGCUGGGGGCCGAGGAGUGCAAGGUGGACAUCCUCUACUACCGCAAGGAUGCCUCCAGCUUCCGCUGCCUGGUGGAUGUGGUGCCCAUAAAGAAUGAGGACGGGGCUGUCAUCAUGUUCAUCCUCAACUUUGAGGACCUGGCCCAGCUCCUGGCCAAGAGAGGGAGCCGCAGCCUGUCCCAGCGCCUGCUGUCCCAGAGCUUCCUGGGCUCUGGUGAGGAGGGGUGCAGAUGGUGGUGGAAGGGGCGAGUGGGGGCACCAAAUGGAGCAGCUGGUCCCUUGGCCCUGGCUGCUCUGACCCUGGCCCUGGUUUCAGAGGGCUCUCAUGGCAGGCCGGGUGCACAGGGGCCUGGUGCGGGCAGGGUCAAGUACAGGACCGUCAGCCAGAUCCCGCAGUUCACGCUCAACUUUGUGGAGUUCAACCUGGAGAAGCACCGCUCGGGCUCCACCACGGAGAUUGAGAUCAUCGCACCCCACAAGGUGGUAGAGCGGACCCAGAAUGUCACCGAGAAGGUCACCCAGGUCCUGUCCCUUGGUGCAGAUGUGCUGCCGGAGUACAAGCUGCAGGCGCCACGCAUCCACCGUGGGACCCUCCUGCACUACAGCCCCUUCAAGGCCGUGUGGGACUGGCUCAUCCUGCUGCUGGUCAUCUACACAGCCGUCUUCACACCCUACUCGGCUGCCUUUCUGCUCAGUGACCAGGACGAGUCUCAGCGUGGGGACUGCGGCUACACCUGCAGUCCACUCACUGUGGUGGAUCUCAUUGUGGACAUCAUGUUUGUUGUGGACAUUGUCAUCAACUUCCGCACCACCUAUGUCAAUACCAACGAUGAAGUGGUCAGCCACCCCCGCCGCAUUGCCGUCCACUACUUCAAGGGCUGGUUCCUCAUUGACAUGGUGGCCGCCAUUCCCUUUGACCUGCUCAUCUUCCACACUGGCUCUGAUGAGACGACAACCCUGAUCGGGCUGCUGAAGACGGCACGGCUGCUGCGGCUGGUGCGGGUAGCCCGGAAGCUGGACCGCUACUCUGAGUAUGGGGCAGCUGUGCUCUUCCUGCUCAUGUGCACCUUUGCACUCAUCGCGCACUGGCUGGCCUGCAUCUGGUACGCCAUCGGCAACGUGGAGCGGCCCUACCUGGAGCCCAAGAUCGGCUGGCUGGACAGCCUGGGUGUGCAGCUUGGCAAGCGCUACAACGGCAGCGACCCAGCCUCAGGCCCCUCGGUGCAGGACAAGUAUGUCACGGCCCUCUACUUCACCUUCAGCAGCCUCACCAGCGUGGGCUUCGGCAAUGUCUCACCCAACACCAACUCUGAGAAGGUCUUCUCUAUCUGCGUCAUGCUCAUCGGCUCCCUCAUGUACGCCAGCAUCUUCGGCAACGUGUCCGCCAUCAUCCAGCGCCUGUACUCCGGCACCGCGCGCUACCACACGCAGAUGCUGCGUGUCAAGGAAUUCAUCCGAUUCCACCAGAUCCCAAACCCGCUGCGACAGCGCCUCGAAGAGUACUUCCAGCACGCCUGGUCCUACACUAAUGGCAUCGACAUGAACGCGGUGCUGAAGGGCUUCCCCGAGUGCCUGCAGGCCGAUAUCUGCCUGCACCUGCACCGCGCGUUGCUGCAGCACUGCCCGGCAUUCCGCGGCGCCAGCAAGGGCUGCCUGCGCGCGCUCGCCGUCAAGUUCAAGACGACGCACGCUCCUCCAGGGGACACGCUGGUACACCUCGGGGACGUGCUCUCCACGCUCUACUUCAUCUCCCGGGGCUCCAUCGAGAUCUUGCGCGACGACAUGGUCGUGGCUAUCCUAGGAAAGAACGACAUCUUUGGGGAGCCUGUUAGCCUCCAUGCCCGGCCAGGAAAGUCCAGUGCAGACGUGCGGGCCCUGACUUACUGCGACCUGCACAAGAUCCAGCGGGCAGACCUGCUGGAGGUGCUGGACAUGUACCCCACCUUCGCAGACAGCUUCUGGAGUAAGCUGGAAGUCACCUUCAACCUGCGGGACGCAGAUGGGGGUCUCCAGUCAUCACCCCAACAGGCUCCAGUCAGCCAGGACCACCGAGGCUUCUUCCUCAGUGAUAAGCAGACAGCCAGCCCCCCCAGGCUGGGUCCCCAGUCCCCAUCUCAGGGCUACAGCCUUCUGGGUCCUGGAAGCCAGACCACACUGGGGGCAGGACCUCGUACUCCAGGUCACCCAGGCGCAGCCCCGUCCCUGAGCAUCUCAGAUGCAUCUGGCCUCUGGCCUGAGUUGUUGCAGCAAGUGCCCCCAAGGCCAAGGCACAGCCCCCCAAACCCUCAGGGAGACCCAGACUGCUGGCCUCGGGAGCUAGGCUCCAGGCUAGAGCAGCUGCAGGCCCAGAUGAACAGGCUGGAGUCCCGCAUGUCCUCAGACCUCAGUCGCAUCCUUCAGCUCCUUCAGCAGCCACUGCCCCAAGGCCACACUGGCUACAUUCUGGGAGCCCCUGCCUCCAAUGACCUGGCCUUGUUUCCUGCGGCCUCAGUGACUCAGAGUCCAGAAACUAGGCUGUCCCAGGGCAGUCUGUCCCCUGCACAGACCCAAAGCUCUGGUGACUUGGACAAAUGUGGGCCGAAGCACAGGAACUCCUCCUCCAGGUUGCCUAACCUCAUCACGGCAAUGGACAAAACGCUGACACUGUCCUCGGAACAGGAGCAGCCUGAGGAGUUCCUGCCACCCCUGGCCUCUCCUCUCUGUCCCCUGGAGGUACAGGGACUCGUCUGUGGUGCCCGCUUCCCCUCCCUCCCUGAACAUCUCAGCUCUGUCCCCAAGCAGCUGGAGUUCCAGAGACAUGGCUCCGAUCCUGGAUUUGCAGGGAGUUAGAGCCACUGAACUGCAAGAUAAAAGACACCACGAGGGGAUUGAAGGUGGAUG